GCACGCGAUCUUCCACGGUAUGCUUACCGCACGAAUGUUGCUUUUAUUUUUUUGCUCCGAAAGCACACGUUUAGCAAGUGUGUGUGUGUGUGCGCGCGUUUUAAAAGCAAUGUGUGUGUGGAUUCAACGCGUGCGCGUUGCGCUUUUUCCUACAGCAGUCGUGCGCUAAUUAAAUAAACAAAUAUGUAGUCCCAUUGUUUUAUCGUGGCCGGUCAUUAUUUUACGGUGAGACGGGAAUUGCUCUUUGCAAAGGGCUUUAUUGCAUUCUUAGCGACUGUGCGCAACGGAGAAAGGAAGACCGGCAUCGUCGGCACCACCAUGGGCGGCAAGCUGAGCAAGAAGAAAAAGGGCUACGAUGUGAGCGAGGCCAAGGAUAAGGAGGGCGAGAAGAACGGCGAGGAGAGCAAGACGGAAGCGCAGGAGGGCAAGGAGGACGGGAAGACGUCCGACGGCGCCGCUUCGCCCGCCGAAGACGGCGUCAAGAAGUCCCCGGGCGCCGAGAAGGCCGACGCGGACAAGGCCGACGACAAAGCGGCCGCCGACGCCAAACCCGACGAGCAGAAGCCGAAGGCCGAGGAGGGGGCAGCGAGCGGCAAAGAGGAGCCCAAGGGAGAGGAGAAGAAGAAGAAGAAGGAGGAGCCGAAAGGAGCCGAGGCCGACUCCGGAGCCGCCGGAGAGGGCGGCUCGGCGAAGCCGCCGAACCCCCCGACGGUGGUGACGUCGCCGGCCACGCCGGCCAAGGAGUCGGCGACGGAGGCGGUAGCGGCGGAGGCGGAGAGCCCAGGCAAGGUCGACGAGGGCAAGGCGUCCGCCGACGGGAAGGGCAAGGCAGCGAGCGACAGCAAAGCGGAUCCUCCGGCGGCCGGGGCGGCCGCCCCGGAAGUCAAGGCGGUCGCCGAUGCCAAACCGGCAGCGUCGGAGAAGCAAGGGGCGUCCGAAAAUGCGGUGGAGGGCAUCGAGCUGACAGUGAAUGCAGAACAAACUGUUGCUACCAAUGAGUAAUUGAUGAGAUUCCGGUGUUUGUUAUUACAGCCGUUGUUGGUUUAUUUUGUUUGUAUUCUUAAUUCCCCCUUUACUUUUGUAUUCAUUCUGUUUUAGGUUUUUUUUGUUUCAUCUCACCAUUGGCCAAUUUGUGGGUGUAGGGACGUGGGGUUAAUUGCUGUAGUUAAAGGCACAGGAAGUAAGUGGUAGGUCAUCGUGGUAAAGAGUGCAUAACGAUGCACAGCGAUGGUGGUUAUUAAACUAUUUAAUCAUUUAAAUAACCACACGAAUCAAAAUCUUAAAGCUUGCAUUCCACUUUGGGAAAAAGAGUAACCAGUCUUUUUAAAAUCACACUAACUAUAACAUCCUGCAUGCAAUGACAACCUUUUGUAUUUAGGAGAGGACAGAAAAUGCCAUCAUAAAAUUUAAGAAACCCAUCCCAUAAAAUAGUGAUAAGUAAUUUAAAAUUGGCUCUUGCACUGACAUUCAAAUUUGUAUUCGAUUAUCGGAAUAUACAAUACAGUUUAAUCAACGAAGUAUAAGCAUUUUUUUAAUGCCAUAUUUUUUUGGGCACAAUUACCAACUUUUAAACCGUGCAAUAGUAUGUAAUCCAAGCACAUUUUACCUUGAAUAACAUUUUGAUAAAGACCGAUGCAAACUUUUUUGCAUACUUUUACAAUCGACUUACCCAGCGUAUACAACAAUGAAAUUCAUACAUUUAGUUUCAUCACCCGAAAUGGCCAAUUUUGAGAACCCAAAAAUUUUUGAGACGAAAAAAAAAUAGCCACACUCAUUUCCACAAAGAUCUUAAAUUUAACAUUCUUUGUUAAUUCUCUUUUUUUUUUUUUAAAGCAUCAUUGCAUGACUCGUAAAAACACUAACCAUUCCCAAUGUGACUUAAUUUUUUUUUACUUUGUGCGUGCGCGAGUGCAUCGUUCCAUUUAUUUAAUUUGAAGGCUCAUUUAAGGUUAAUAUAUUUGAAUGUACGAGUCAUUUGGGCAAGUUUUUCUUUUUGUUGCACAGCCUGGUGUUUUUUUUUCUCAAGCUUCCUUUUUUUUACGUGACCAUCUUCACCACUUUAAGUUUGUUCCCAAACGACCCCUGUGCCUCCAAAGCACAGCUCAUUGUUGUCACAAACGGAGGGGGGAGGAGACGCAGAAGUUUAAACAAACAGCGCAGCACAGGGCCUAUGAUGCAGUGACCAUAUUUGGACAUUUAAUUUCAAAGCCAUACGAAGACCGGCGCGUGCAUGUGCGCAAUGGCUUCCCAGUGUUACAACAAUCAAAACCAAUUUUUUAGCAAGAUAACUUUACAGUGUUAAAACAAACAAACAAACAAAAAAACCACAUGGGCCACUGGGCUUUAGGCUGAUAAUGAAAACAGUUCGGACAAAUGAUCUCAAUCAAAAGGUCUACAAAUUGAAUUUCGCUGAGAUUCGAAAACCAAGAAACGAGUUGCCAUUGUAGAGGCCUGCAGAACAUAAUUCAUGCAGGCCACAUUUGCAGCCAGCCGUGUGUUUCCCUCCCGAGGCAGAACCGAUUUGCGAGGUGGCAGCGGCUUGUUUCCGGCAAGCCACCAAAAAAAACACAGGUGGUCUUUUAAAGAAAUGCAGGUACAGUAAUCCGAUUGCAUGCCCGCGGGGAGAAGUGUUUAUAACUCUGCCUUGCUGCAAACGAAGGUUGUUUGAUUACAUUACCCUUAAGUUACAGGACGCCAGGUCCUU